UACCCCGUCCAGGCACUCGGUGGCUUUCGCGUCGAAACCACCGGUCUUUUAGGAGCUAAGGCAGCAGCCACUGCAGGAUCGUUAUAUUUUCCUCCACUCAUCCCAUUUCGACAGACUACCGGUCUUGGAAAUGUCUGAGAUAGCGAAAUCGCGGAAGCCUGACAGAAAGUUUUACAGGCAUCCAAAGUAUGGACAGUAUGCUGAUGUAAGCAACAGGAGAGCAGAAUGUCAGCACAAAAGUUCGGAUGAAUUGCGUACCACGAAUAGUAUAAAAGCGGUGGAUGAAACGAACUACAGUGGCCAAUCCCUUGGUGACUCCCCAAGGGACACGCGCUAUGCACCCGGGACAAUUAUGGAACACUCAACGGCUCACGAAGACAAAAGGUAUCAGGCUAGCCGAAGAAAAGACGAGCGGUAUCACCGGAAUUUAACCUGGAACCCUUCAGGUGGGAGUAGACAUUCAGAGACAAAACCUCACCGGAAUCGUUUCCAAGCAGCCAGAGUAAUUGGAGGAGCUCCCACUUUAGUUGAUGACAUAAAAACUGCAAACCCACUGGAUGCAAAAGCUUCUUGCUCCGAAGAAGACGCCUGUCGGACUUCAGGACCAAAAUACUCUGAGCCAACAAGCGCCAAAACGGACACCGCGAAGCACGGUGGCUUAAUCCAUCUACCAAAAGACAUCGAUAUUUACCAGAGCUCGGAUGAACCUAAAACCGGGAUCUCCAGACAACCCAAGCGCGGGAAUCAAGGAAGCACGACCAAACCGGUUGUCAUCGUGAGACCCAGUUUUUCAAAAGUUCAACGGUAUUCAGAGUCCGAAACCCUUGGUUCCACGUUGGCGGCUGAGCAGCACGGAGAUACAAAGGGUAUUGGUCAUGAUGGUGUUGGAUUUCCACAGUCGUUAAGAGCAACAUCAGCUUCUGUUUCUGCACUACCGCAUACAUGGACGGAUACAGCAAAGGCCGCUUAUCAGUAUUAUAUGCAAGCUCUAAGUCAGAUGGACCAGGAACGACAACACCCUUUCGAUGACGCGAAUUCUUUGUCUAAUGUUGGAACAGUUAAUUCCAAACAAGAAUCACAACGCAGCGCAACUUCCAUCAACUUUGCAAUGCCUGUUCAAGCUCCAAACGAGAAAAUCUCCGCAGUCAUACAACAGAUUGUCCAGUUGGACGCCGCCCUUACAGCUUUGCUGAUUCCACCAGGCAUCUGUGCUCGUGCCCUGCCGUGCGUUGAACCACCGCCACCGCAUCCGCAACCUGGUAAGCAAUGGACCGAGUCGCAACUGCUAAUUCUUCGUUGGUGGUCAACUGUGGAGCGCUUACGUGAGCGUUUGUUUGCUCUGUUUGAGAGCGUCAUUCUAUUCGAUCUGGAUUUUUGCAAUACGGCUCACGUGGAACAAGGGAUGUGGAAGUCAGUAUUUUACACCGCUUUGGAGUUAAUGCGAUCGUGGAUAAGCCAUCCAGAGAGCACAAAUCUCGUGAGGACUGACCGAAAGGUAGAAGAUGAACAAAGUGUUGAAGAACGGGAGCAGAUUACGUCUUUGCUACAACAUAUCUGCCUGUCGGAUGUGAUAGCCAGCGGAGAGACGCGCUUAUCGAACCUGCUGGAUCGUAUUCAAACAAUUCAUCGGGUUCGACUUGCUCCUCUGCUUGCUGAUGGUCGUCCACCCCCAGAAACGCGAUCGCGAACCCGUCGACUCGUCUACCUGAGUGCACAAAAGCUGAUGUUAUUUUUGGGUGAUCUUGCACGAUACAAAGAAUUAUUGAAUGGAGAGCGCAAUUUUGGGAAGGCCAGAAGCCUCGACACCGCCUUCAAUGUCCGCACUCUGAAACAGGCAGGACAACAAGCUGCUCUUGCUCUCACACUGGACUUGCUUGGCAUUCAUGUGUGGUGCUGUGUCUUAGAAAUAAUAAUUCAAGGUGUAAGCACAGUGAUUGAGCUAACCGCCCCAUCAAUCUCCACUCGCUUCCUGCUACGCACCUCUGGUGAUCCAGAAGCUUCUGCGGCGGGAUGUGCAAGGGUGGGUAUCGUCCUAAGUCACCGGACUUGGUACCAGAAAGCACAGUUGCUGAUUCCGAAAAACGGUCGAUCUUACAACCAACUGGCUGUGCUGGCCGUGUAUACAUCUCGACACUUGGACGCAAUGUACUAUUAUAUGCGAACUCUUGCGGCUAGCAACCCGUUUGCAACAGCUUCUCAGAGUUUGUCCGCUCUGUUUAACGAAAUCCGACCACGUGCCGAGAACCUGAUACGACAGUUGCGUAAACCCAAAAACGAGCCGAACGCACCCCAUCAUGGUCCAUUUGGUAAUCCUAACAACCGCUUCCAACGCGCCGAAAUUUGGGUUCAUCCAAUGGACGGUCAGACCACGGUACUUCAGGGGGCCAGAAGAUUAGUCUACUUACCUCCCCCAACAAACGUGGGCACACAGAAAAUUUCCGCAAAACCUGGCGAGGUGGAUCUUGACACCAACUGUGACAAUGAAGACGACGAUGAUGAGGACGCCCAAGCUGAAUUGGAGGAGUAUGCCAAUAUGUCUUUAAUUGAGCUCAGUAGGCAGUUUGGACUGACUUUCAUUCACGCACAUGGAAAACUGUACACAAAAAUAGGUAUGGAAACCUUUCCUGAAGUAGCAUCCCUCGCCUUGCAAGCUUUCUCUGGUCUUCUAGCCCAAAAACCGUGCCCUCUAUCUGCCGAACGUUUGUGUCAAUUAUGCAUCGUGAAUAUGUACAACGUGGACCGUGCCGUCUCGCUCACCAACGCGAGCAAUCUGUCAACAAUAAAGCGCACUGAAUCCGACAGCAAAACCCCAAAAAUACAACCCAUUUCUCAUCUUGCCGGGGUGGAAACCUUGCGAUCUGUCCAUCACGACCAUGCUGCUCGAUUCGCACUUGAUUUUUUCAGUCUGCUCUGCAGGCGAACUGCCCAGUUGCUUCAAGAACCUAUUCCUCAGGAUGCCCCUGCUUGGUGGUUACCUCCCGACGCACGAUUACUGCUGUCUGCGCUUCGGCUGUGGUCUGAGUGGAUGAUCCUGCAUCCCGAACACUGGCUUCCUCCACCAAAUCACCGUGAUCCCACCCUGCGACCAUGUCUAAAUGACUGGCAGUUAAUAGCCAGUCUCUGUACACAGGCUGCUAACUGGAUGAAUCGAAACCCCCUCCGUCCGCGCUACGAAGAACUCACUCCCACCACUUCGAUGGUGCUUCAAUCUAAAGAUAGAGUUGAAGGUCAGGAUCUAGAAGAGGAUACUUCAGCUGAAGCACAUACUUGCCUAGGUGGGAAUUUCGAGAAUGCAUUUCUUUUUGAAGAGGCCGUGUGUGCUGGAUUUAAACCGAUGUUAGACUUGGUUCCAAAAAUGUACACUUAUUCCGGCCACUGGACAGCGGAGACCGUAGCGGACUUCGUCCGAGUUGAAAAGAUCGUCUUGUUUGGUGACUUCCUCUGUGGUAUUGAUUCGCCCGUGUUGAGCUACGAUGUAGACCGAGGUGUCUACGAAGCUGUCAUAGAGCGCGAGAUGUCAGAACGUAAAGAGGACAAGCAGACUGACCCGAGUAUUUCUGACGAGCGACGGGUUUCCGAGAGUGAAUCAGCUGGCUUCGGUGAUGAAAAGCCAUCAGUUCCGUACGAACCAGUAGAAGAGACAGAACAUGAGGCAUCAGGUGAUAUUGUUGCACUUCAGCGUCAACGAGCUCUGCUUCAGCGACAACUAGAGGAGGAGUCCAGGCUGGCCGCUUGGCGCCGGAAUGCGAUUAGACAAGCCGCAUCCGGAGGACGCCGUGCAGUCGAAUUAGAAGUGCACCCGAUAUAUUUGUUGCCGGACACAAACUGUUACAUUGAUUGGCUCGAGGGGAUCGCCACUUUAGCUCAACGGUCGUCGAACUACACUGUCCUAGUACCCAUCGUUGUGGUGAACGAACUGGACACACUUGCUCGAUACGGAAGCAGCAGUAACUCUUGGCGAACAGCCGACGACGAGGAAGGUGACGUAACUCGUGCUGGUCUCAUACAAGAGCGUGCUAGGGCAGCGAUAACUUACCUGGAACACGAAUUUGCGCACAGAAACACUCGACUCCGAGCGUUGACCGCUCGCGGAAGCUUCAUGGAAACGAUCGCUUUUCGAAACGAAAUCAAUGGUGGUCGGGCACCCGGGCAAGUGAAUGAUGAUGUAAUACUGGCCUGCUGUAAUCACUUCUGCAAGGAAGACCCUGAACGAUUUUCUUCACGGCGGGGCAAUGAUCAGGGACUUGUUGGUGAAUCGAACAACCAGCCAAUGCGGAUUCAUCGUGAAAUCGUGCUCCUUACGUCGGAUCGAAAUUUGCGACUGAAAGCACUGAAUAUCAACGUGCCCGUCCGUCCACUACGCACCCUCGCCUCGUCCAUUAUGGAUACCGACGAGGGUCUUCCUUCGUCAACUACUGCCCCAACAGAUAAAGUGGAUGAAUCCCCCGUACAGACUGCGCUGGCCGCUCCCCUGAAUGCCUCUUCCAGUGCUCAGACGACGUGGGAUGCGGAUAACAACGUGGAGGUGAUCAUGGGUCCGGUCGAUGAGUAUUUCAAGUACGACGUCAAGGCGCACCAGUCCAUUGUAAACGCCAAGCCGUGGGAAAAGGAUCCUCAUUACUUCAAGUGGCUAAAAUUGUCUGCAGUUGCCUUACUGAAAAUGCUAAUUCAUGCUCGUUCAGGUGGGAAUCUUGAGGUAAUGGGCGUUCUCAUCGGAAAAGUUGCCCAUCAGACAAUGAUUGUAGUAGACAGCACUCCGCUGCCAGUUGAGGGCACAGAAACUAGAGUAAAUGCACAGGCUGAGGCCUAUGAAUACAUGACAACCUACAAGGAAGUUGUGGCCCGCGUUGGUAGAACAGAAAACGUGCUUGGCUGGUAUCAUUCUCAUCCUGGCUAUGGGUGCUGGCUUUCAGGCAUUGACGUUACAACACAGCUUAUGAACCAGACGUAUCAAGAGCCAUUUGUAGCCAUUGUGAUCGACCCCAUCCGAACGAUUUCCUCAGGAAAAGUCAACCUUGGCGCAUUCCGCACGUACCCUGUUGGUUACCGUGCACCAGACGAAGGUCCCUCAGAAUACCAGUCUAUCCCAAUGGAUAAAAUAGAGGACUUUGGCGUUCACUGUAAACAAUACUAUCCGUUGGAAGUUUCACAUUUCAAGUCGGUUCUCGAUAAACGACUUUUGGAUCUGUUGUGGAACAAGUACUGGGUCAACACUCUCAGUUCUGUGAGCAUCCUUGCUCAACCAGACUAUUUAGCUGGCCUAACAAAGGACCUUGCUGAAAAGGUGGAACAUACGGUAGCCUCAGUAUCUCGAAUGAAUUGGGAUAAUGAUCGCCUAGAAGAUCGUCUGGCCAAGUGUGGGAAAGACGCAACGAAACUGGCCACUGAACAGCUCCACGCUCUGAUGGGCCAAUUAAUCAAGGACAGCAUUUUCAACAAACUCUGACUUCAUGCAACGAGCUAUCGCAAUGUCUCGAGUUUUUUUUUAUUAUUCUCAACUUACUAUGCACCCGGUCAUAACCUGACAAAAGAAUCCUCCGCAAAGCAAUUUUCAUCUUUUAUCUGACGACAGUCUCUACUGUUCUCGACUCGCAGUUUCAAUUGUUUAUCAUCCGAAUGGCCUGAUUCGGUUUUUCGACACUCAAACAUUCGGUGCGACUCG